AUGGCGCUCUCUCACAGGUGGCAUCUUCGUCAGCUUGAUAUUCAGAAUGCGUUUCUCAACGGUUAUCUGGAUGAGGAGAUCGCUCUAUGGACUGAAGCAGGCUCCUCGUGCUUGGCAUGCUCGCCUCAGUUAAGUUCUUGUUCUGCAGCCACUGCUAUUCCCAGACUGAUUAAUCAGCUCAGCUCUGAGUUCUCUGUGAAGCAUCUGGGUGUUCUGCAUUAUUUUCUGGGUAUUGAGGUCUCCUCUCCUUCAUCAGGAAGUCUACUUCUUCGACAGCGAAAGUAUGCUUUGGAUCUUCUUGCUCGUGUUGGUAUGUUGAAGUGCACGCCUGUUACCACACCCAUGGCAUCUUCUGAGCGGCUCUGUAGUGUUGAUGGUGAUCCUCUCUCUUCUGAAGAUGCUACUCACUAUCGGAGUAUUGUUGGUGGUCUUCAGUACCUCACUGUUACUCGUCCUGAUUUAUCCUUUGUGGUGAACAAGGUCUGUCAAUAUCUUCAUGAGCCCCGUACACCUCAUUUGUCUGCUGUGAAGCGCAUCUUACGCUAUGUUCGCCAAAUAGUGGAUAUUGGGUUACAGUUUCAGUCUUCCUCCUCUACACUGCUCUCUGCUUUUUCUGAUGCAGACUGGGCUGGAAAUAUUGAUGAUAGGCGAUCCACGGGGGGUUAUGCUAUCUUUGAUGGAGGAAAUUUGAUCGCCUGGAGUUCUCGUAAGCAGUCUACAGUUUCUCGGUCGAGUACUGAGUCUGAGUAUAAGGCUCUUGGUAAUGCUACAGCUGAGCUUAUUUGGGUACAAUCAUUACUGAAGGAGCUUGGUGUUUCCCAAGUUCGGCCUCCGGUAGUGUGA